ACUUAAAAAGUGGCAACCCCGAACUCGUUUCUUCCUUCAUUCCCAUUGCCUUCUAUUUGAAAUAAAUUAUUACCUCAGUAAAUUAUAAAUAAUGGCUAACAUAGCAGCGAACCGUAUAAAAAGAGAAUUCAAGGAGGUCAUGAAAAGUGAAGAGGUGGCGGGCGGCGCCAUCAAGCUGGAGCUGGUGGACAACAGCUGGACGGAGCUGCAGGGCGAGAUCGCGGGCCCGCCCGACACGCCCUACGAGGGCGGCACCUUCCUGCUCGAGAUCAAGGUGCCGGAGACCUACCCCUUCAACCCGCCCAAGAUCCGGUUCAUGACAAAGAUAUGGCACCCGAACGUGUCGUCGGUGACGGGCGCCAUCUGCCUGGACAUCCUCAAGGACCAGUGGGCGGCGGCGCUCACGCUGCGCACCGUGCUGCUCUCCAUCCAGGCGCUGCUGUCGGCCGCCGAGCCCAACGACCCCCAGGACGCGGUGGUGGCCAAGCAGUACAAGGAGAACCCGGGGCUGUUCGCCAUGACGGCGCGCCACUGGACCUGCGCCUACGCCGGCGGGCCCGCGCUCAUCCGCGACUUUGACGCCAAGGUGCAGCGGCUGCUGGACAUGGGCGUGGACGAGCACCAGGCGCGCGUGGCGCUGUCCACCUACGACUGGGAGCUGGAGCGCGCCACCGAGCAGCUGUUCAGUUAGUGCCGCCGCCGCCGCCGCCGCCGCCGCCGCCGCCGCCGCCGCCGCCGCCGCGCCGUGUCCGCCUCCUGCGUGAAGUAACAGCGCCAUCUCUGCCAAUCCGUUCUUCACACUGACAUUCAUCUGCACAACUUUUUCAAUCAAACAUCAGUCUUAAACAGCUAAAAGCUAAUAUAUACCCAAAUAUAAUAUAUUAUACCUUAGAUUAGAUUAAAAAGAUGUGCAUGUGUGUGUAUGUGACAUUAAAUUGAAUACGCAUUUGUUCUGUAAACAGUUUAGGGGCGCUACAUAUAAUGUAUAAAUGAGCUGGCAAAUUCGAUUAGACAGUUUAUGUUGGAUAUCAAAACUUUCCCGAAGAAGGCAUUGCUACUCGCUCCGGGGUUCCUAGAUAAAGUAACAUUCCAAAUUACUUAAAAAGCAGUACAUUUACAUCGUUUCAUCCAUACAAAAUUUAUAAGGAUUGUUACAUUACCUAUAAGCACUAGUACAAUGUCUUCGUUCUUUUAUGCAAGAUAACUAAACCAUGCUGACAAAAUAACUAAACCAACUGAAUGGUGCUAUGGAAUAAGCCCAUGUGUCCUGUGAUGACCAAACGGAAACAAUGUCCAGUAUUAAAUGGUCAAAAUGGUUACAUAAAUAUUGUCUCUAAAUGUGCUACAACGACAUAAAUUAGAAUAUUCACGUACAAAAAGAAAAAAUAAGAUUACCAUAAGGUACUUUAUUGUAAGUCGUAAAGAUCGCGCGUACAACGCGCGGCGCCGGCGCCCGCGGCGGUAGCGGCCUGCUCACUUUAGUCGAUCUAUGUUCCAUUAAUACUAUUUACCUUUAAUUUACAUAAGUAUAGUACAAAACAAUGAAAUCGCAGACUCAUCAACGCUAUUGUACGAUUUUGAUGUUGUUAUUUACACAGCCUUUGAUUCAUCAAAAUUUAUUUCACACUUCACACGUACUAUGUUGACGCCUAAGUUCAUUCUAGGCGAUGCGGUCGCCGAUGCGAGUCUACUCCGAAUAACGAUCGAGGUCGUUUUCCAAUUCCAAAACAUCCGAGUUGUUGGAAAUUGUAGUGAACCCUAUUCCAGAUGUUACCGAGUCCUUCAUUGUUUUUCGAAAUUAUAAACAUAUCAAUUGACAAUAAUAAACGUACGAACGAUAGCAAAGAGAAUUAGAUUUAGAGGUUGCGGCGUAACGUCGCUGCAUCUCCGUCCAUGGCUGGCGAGGGCGGCCCGGCCGUGCGGGGCGGGGGGGGCUCGGCGUGGCUGCGUGCGUGAUCUAUUCUUUCGAACGUCACUUCCGUUUAAGGUUGAAUGCACCGUUUGACAGGAGUCAUCUUGCGCGCUUACGUAAGGCAAGCUGUGCCCUAUAAGGGCAUAAGUACUAUCUAGGAAUUUCAUAUUGAUUUUUAAAGUAAAGGGACGUCGCGUUGGGUGUUUUUAAAGCUAGAUAUGAUAAAUAUUUUAUAUGUAGGUUGCCUAGCCGUGGAACAGGCACGUAAUGUAAAUAUUAUUAGAAAAUAAUUUGAAAUACAUGAUAACGUUAAAAUAUCUUUGAAUAUGAUUAUUAUUAAAUGUAAAGAAUAUAUUAAUUAAUUGUAUAACCUUGUCGCUUGCCUGUCAAACGAUGCAGUAUAGCCCUAAUUUAAGAAAACAUUGAUAAAAUCACUAUUUUCAUUUUGUAGAAUGUAAUAUUUUUAGUAUAUUUUUGUUGUAUAGAUAGAGAGAAUGAAAGUAAAGAGGGUGCGCAGUACUGUUGUUUCAAGUUGGCGGCCGCGGGCGCGGGACGGCUGCAUGCGCUGGACCAGUCAGGUUAUCUUUGAACAACUGACAGUGCCAAGUCUCGAUCGCAAGUACGACACUCAGUAACUGUCGUGCUGUCGGAAGAAGCGUAAACUUUAAAAAAUAGUACUGUGAUUUUUUCGAAAUGUUUAGUUUCGAAGUAAUAUCGGUAUAUCAUUAUGAAAUAAUUUUUGUACGGAACGUUGAACUCUUAUGCGCGUUGAUAACUGUUUACAAUUGGCAGCAGACCCCGGGCACAGGCCCGAGAUCCGGCACUGGCGGCACUUCAACGUAGCGAAACGUUUCAUCAGCACAUCAGACUAAUUUUAUUGCUAAUUUUAAUUUAUCACAACUGCUUUAAGAUGCCGCCGUGUUCAGCUUGGCGUGCUGCCGUCUUACAUAAGUAGUCUGUAAAUGCUUGACUAUCGAUGGAGGAGCAGGUCAAUAUAAAAAAGUGCAUAAAAGUCUUGCCUUAAACAGCUGAUAGAGACUGUGCUAUCCCGACAAAGUCGUUCCAUUAUAGGCGUAUUUAUAUUACAGCUAAUUUGAAUAAUGUAGGUAACGUAGGUCUGGCGGCCAUAGGAUCUGAACAGACAAUAACUCCCGCAUAUCACUGUGAAUUUGUAUAUCACUGUGAAUAAAUCCCGUGAUUGUGUCACGCACGCCGCGGCGCGUCGGGCGGCGGGGCUGGAGACGUCGCGGCCCGCGGUGCUGGUCCCCGGCGGGUAGGUGAGGGCGUUCAUUGUUCAUUUAUUAUUUGGUGGAGGUAGUCGUGAGAAAAUGCGAAAUAAGAAUAAAUCUUUUAUCGUAUCUAGGGUUGCCAGGUGUCCGUCUUUAGCCGGACAUGUUGGGCUUUUUACGGUCUUGUCCGGCCAAAUAUUGGCUUGUCCGGCCUGUCCGGCUUUUGUUAGGCUUUUCAUGUGGCUGCCGUGCCAGCCGAAAGUCGAGCAGAAUAGUAUCAAGCGCACGCAUCAUGAUGUUAGGCACCCGAUGAUGAUAGCACUACUCGUGAGCUAUGACACUAAUGUCCGGCUUUUAUGGUAAAAUGUCCGGCCAAAUGAAGCACAGAGUCCGGCUUUUGUGUUUUUGGACCUCUAGUUUUAUCUAUGUUCAAUUAUCAAUGGUAGGUAACAGAAAAAAGCCUUCCUUAAAAUUAAACUUGAUUUUUGCCUAAACUUGACUCAACGAAACAAAAUUAGACGACAGACGCCGGCGCACUAGACACGAGUCGUGUCGAGUCAUCGGCAUCGGAAAACCCUUAACCCGUGUGCAAUACGAUAUCCGUCCUGCUUUCGUGCGUCGCAGUCUCACACCACAAGGGUUGUUUUGUUCGUGCUUACGAAUCGAUGCUAGUCGAAGAAGCUUGUGCGCACCGUGGCCGCGUGGCCGCGUGGCGGGGACGCCGAUGUCGCGCCGGCGCCGUCUGCUGCCGCUCCACACUUGGGUAGUCGACACCUUAUCACCCUAGACUCAGAGACACAACUUAGUCAACAGAGACAAUUUAGUCCUGAAAAUCCAAUACCUUUCUCUAUGGUGCAAAAUUAUAUUUAAUAUAAAUUGAUUUAAAGCCUAUUCAGACAGUUCAUAAAAAGUGGGUAAAUUGACUAAGAGGUGCCAACUAAAUAUAACCCAAUUUUGAAAGUGGCACAGCGGAAAGAUGUCUUGUUGAUCAUCCACCUCCAAGAAGCUCUUCACGUGCUUCCAAAACGGUAGAGUCGUCAAGUAAGGUCGUAGAAGGUUGUAUUUAGUUCCUGCAGGGGACAAGCGUCUGCGGGACACGAGUGUCACUCAAACGUUUGUGAUUUUUUGAUCGACCCAAAUGAUCGAAGAGUUUUCAUAACUAAGUUUUUAUAACGCAACUGUGCUAAGUUAUCGUGAAUAGCACUAGUUUAGACCAUCGUUACCGGCCGGUCCCCUCGCCGUGUCCCGCAGGCGCGCCGCGGGCGCCGGCCGUCGUCUGGUGGAGGUGUAGUUGCUGGUGCGGUCUCUGGAGCCAGCUCCGUGGAAGUGGCGCGGGCGUCAGGGUCGGGGCGCGGGACUGUUCUAUAUAAGUUAGGCAAGUAAUAUAGUACAGGUGGUGUCGUUCACAUUGCACUCAUGUUGUAAAAAUGUUCUAAUAAAUAAA